GGACUUUUUGAUUUGGGCAGUGCAGUUCCAAGAUGCAUGGAAAAUGCAAUAGAGAAAAAGGAACCAAUUGUGGAGAGCAUUCUUAAAAUGGAUUCCCAGUUGCACAACAGAAUGAUCAAGCUCUUUGAUAUAUCGUAUCAUCUGGUAAAACACGACUUACCCUUUGCAUACUUUCCAAGUUUGAUCAGCCUUGAAAAACGUCAUGGAGUAGAUCUUGGCAAUACGUAUGCUAACCCGAUUCAAGCGCAAGUAUUCACUGGAUUUCUCGCAGAAGAUGUCAGAUUCAAGGGAGAUGAGGACAUCAGGAAGGCACGUUAUAUUAGUGUGCUUAUUGAUGGCAGCACUGACAAGAGCACAAUAGAAAAUGAGGUUCUGUACAUCAAGUAUCUUCAAGAUGAGAUGCCUUGCAUGAAGUUUCUGGGCAUCAGUGAUGUUGAAAAUGCUACAGCUGCUGGCAUCGUGACUUGCAUUGAAGAGGUGUUCACUACCCACGACAUCAUGGACUGGAAGACAGAGCUGGUUGGAUGUGGAGCAGACGGGGCAAGCACGAAUUUCGGCAUCAGGGGAGGUGUUAUUUCAAAGCUAACCCAAGACAUUCCGUGGCUCCUCGGUAUCCACUGCGUUGCCCACCGCUUAGAGCUAGCAGCUAAAGAUGCCUACAAGAACUCCUACUUUAGCUCAGAGAUCAAUUCAGUACUGACAUCGUACGCUUCGUUCUAUCGGCGGUCGCCGAAACGCCUGAGGGAGCUCAGUGACAUGGCUGAUCUGCUGGAGGAGAAAAUUCAUCGACCUACAAGGGUUGAUGGCACGCGCUGGCUGGACCACAGACGAAGGGCACUUUCAGCUUUUGAGAAAAACUAUCCCUCAGUUGUAGCCCAUAUGAAUGAAAUUGGUUCAGGGGAAAGAUCAGAUGUUAAAGGGGAGGAUGUAUCAAAAGCUAGAGGAAUGGUGAAGAAGAUCACAUCUCUCAAAUUCCUUCUUCACAUGGCAUUAUACAUCGACAAAAAAAAGAUUGCCAUGGCCUUUUUUCGUUGUCUUCCCAAUAAUUUUUUUUUCAAUAAAAUUAUUUACCCUAGUUCGAGGGUAAUAAAUCUGUAUCUGGAUGAUGCAACUCUUGCAUACUUAGGAUUUUUAGAUAUUCAAGUUGGCUGCCAAAACAUAGAAUUUCUCCAUAUUUGCUCCAAAAUUGUUUUAAAGUGCUGAUGGUGAUCUAUUUUUGUGAAGGCACCUGCAACUACUGCACAACUAAAGUUUCCUGGACUCCAUCCUUUCAAUAAGGGGAUUUUACAGCCUGAACACCCCCCCCCUCUCCCUAGAAAGUCCCUCCAUGCUUCUGUUGGUGUACACAUGUAAAGUUACUCCCUGUUGAAUUUAAUUUGGUUGGUUUUAAUUUUAAGUAUUUUGGUUUGAAACAUUUCUUAUAUAAAAUGUAAACCAGAUCGUGAUGUACAGCAAUACAAUCCAGUGCAUCUCGGGAAAAAAAGGAAACUCAUUUUUUGAGAUGGAUACCAUAAUAAUCAUCAAAUACGAUUUGAUUGAUACUUUGAUAUAAACAGUAACAGUAAAAUCUUUUCUUUCAUUUGAUAUCAGAAAUACUGUGAAUCAUUCAUGCAUGACUUAUUACAGACAAUUACAACUCCUGCCUGUCAGAAAUGAUGUGCACAUAAUAAUGAUCGUUUUCAAGAAGAUGCUACAACUAAUGAACCAUCCAUUUCGUAGGCAAAGUUGUUGCAUCCUUACUAAUCUUGACCACUCAUUCUGUGCAACUUGAUUUUGACAUUUAAAGGUUUAACUCUUCUUGCUCAUCUGUGCGUAGCAAUUUUGUAUUGUGAUAGGUAUCGAAAGAAAGAAAAAAUACUGAAUUUCAUAAUGGGGCAUAUAAUAUUUCAUGAAUUGUUUUAUUCUACUGAAAAAUACUGACAAUACUGGUUUCCUUUUUCUGGGACGCACUGUAUAUCCCUCUAUUGGGUUCAUGAGGCAUGAUGUUUGUGGACUAAUGAUUGAAAAAUCCCUGAUUUAGAGACCUACAGGAAUCACACAGCACAAUGUUCUCCUUUAUUUGCUGUCUUACUUAGGUACAUUCUUGUGACACUUUCUUUUAUUUGUUCUGUUUUCAUUUCAGACUACAUACAAACUCCAUUGCCAUGAUUUGCCAAGUAAUGAGAGAAUCAGAGAGAAAAAACAACCCAGACAUAUAUGUCAGGAAAAUUAUACAGUCCAACAAAACAAAGGCUGGGAAGGAGAAAAAAAAAACAAGAAUUCAAAACUCUGUUCAUGCCUGCUAUUUUGGUGGGAGGCUUGUGCAACACAUUCAACCACAUGUUCUAGCAAAACAUCCAGAGCAACAAGCAGUUGAAAAAAUCAAAUCUGAACUCCAAUCAAAGAACAAAAAGCAGAGACAAAUAACAUAUUUAAGGUGCAGGGGUGAUGAUAAGCACAACAUGCUAGUGAAGACAGAAAAGAAAGGGGAACUCUUAUUGUAUAGGAGACCAAAGGAAGCAUUUGACAUUGAAGACUUUGGACCAUGCCCAUACUGCAGAGAGUGGAUGUUAAAGGAUUCACUAGUGAAGCACAAAAAGACUUGCCCAGCAGCAAAGUUAGAAGGGGCAUCAAAUGAGACAAAGAGAAGUAUUUUACUUCAAAGUGCAAUACUACUUGGUAACAUUAAGGAGUCCUCUGAGAGAAUGAGAAAUGAGGUGUACCCAAUAAUGACAAGAGAUGAAAUAACAGCCAUUGCACAAGGGGAAAAAUUGAUUUGUAUAUUGGGGGAGUCGUGGUUGAAGCGCAGUAUAGGAAAUAAACUGAAAUGCAAGACAUUGAUUAGUGUGUGUUUCUUACUUUUGAUCAAGUAUUUCAUGUACUUAUACAUUUUUAUUAUACGCCCAUCUAGACGGGACGUAUUACAUCAUGCUCGGUGUCCGUUUAUCCGUCAAUAUGUAUGAUACUGGCAUGGAUCUCAGGAAGCCUUCCGAUUUUGAGGCCAAAGGUCAAGGUCACAGUGACAUAUUUUCAUGUUACCCUUCUGCAGUCCUUGUAAACGCGAUAACUUCAGAUUAACUUAACCUAGGCUCAUAUAAUUAGGU